AAAUUUACCUUGACUAAACUACCAUCCUGGGGUAAAAUCAGAAGAGAUGGAUCAGCUUUUUAUGCUCUGAAAGUAUUCUGAGGCCAAAAAUCUUUUUUUAUGGUGUCUAGUCAGCCCUAGGAUUUAGAUCCUGGAGCUGGAGUAAGAUCAAAAAGAAUCCUGGCCAACUCAGCCUGCCUCAGCUGCCUCUUGGGUGGGUACAUGGUGAUGGCUGAGCGCCAGCUGUGGCAUCCUGGUUGCCUCAGUUUACAAAGCUGGGUCCUGCAGCACAGCAUUCUCCCAUGCCACUGACACCUCUGGGGGCAGAGGGCAGGGUCAGCACCACGGACAGCCCCACGAUCUAGUCUGGUCUGGGGACCUACUCACUGCAGACUUCUCUCAGUGGUGAAUGACUCUCAUGGCUUCCAGAACAAUCCUACCGCCCAGCCAGCGAAUUGCUCACUGGAGUCCGCUGUCGCUUCCAGCGCAAGCCCCAGAGACCUGCCCCUCGGGGGACCCGCUGGACUCGAAGCCACGACCGUCAUUGCUCCACCAUCAGUGCAUGCUCCUGGCUGACGUCAGCUGGAGCUGCCCUGGAACUAUAUAAGCUGGCGGCGGUCCUGGGACAGACCCCGUGUCUCCCCAGGCGCCCUCCCUCCGCUCGCCCAGGGACCGCCCGGAGCUGCGUCCUGCCCCGCGCACCGCUCUCCCGCACCUGGCCGGCGGCGGCACCAUGAGGCUGGCCGGGCGAGAGGCGCUGCUGGCGGCGCUGCUGCUUCUGGCCCAGCUGCGCCCGGGGAGCGGCCAGUGGAGCCCCGAGGAGGAGGCGGCGGCGGCGGCCAGUGUCCGGGACCCCAGUCUGCGCUGGAGCCCCGGAGCUCGGACCCAGGGCGGCGGAGCCCGCGCGCUCCUCCUGCUGUUGGCGGAGCGCUUCCCGCACCGCGCGGGGCCCGGCCGGUGGGGAGCUGCGACCUCGGGCGGCGGCGAGCGGCCGCGGCGGGAGGACCCCCCGCUGUCCAUCGACCUCACCUUCCACCUCCUGCGGACGCUGCUGGAGCUGGCGCGGACGCAGAGCCAGCGGGAGCGCGCCGAGCAGAACCGCAUCCUCUUCGACUCGGUGGGCAAGUGACCCGCGGGGCCCGGGGCCCCCCCGGAAACCUCGACCCCACCCCCCGCCCCCGGGCUGCCACCUGCUCGGCCGGAACGGACCCAGUCCCGCGGGGCCGGCGCGGCCGGGGACGCCCGGACACUCUCUGCGCUACGAGUUUUUAAUAAAAGUGCUCAAGAGCCUCUGGCCUCUGUCGUGGGGCGCGGGGGGCCCUCCACCGCGGGGCGGGGGGCCGCAGUGAGGUGAGGGGGCAGUGCUGCCAGGGGAGCACUUGGGGGAACUGUCCGGAUCUCCGUCGCCCCUAAAAGUCCCCCAGUGGCUCGUCCCCAUCCGUCCACCACCACCCCCCUCCGCCCCUGCGCUUUGCCCGCGGCGCUGGGCUGGGGAGUCCGUGCCUUCAAUGAGUGAGGUGCCCAAUUGGGGUUCA